AUGAGGGGUGGUCGAGGGAGACCACUUGCCUGCAUGGCGAAGACGGCGGCUAUGAAAGCGCCACGUGUCUUCUUGUUGGCGUACUCGGACAUGAUGUCGCCGCCGAUGCCGAACCCGAGCCAGAACCGAAAGAAGCAUAGCGUGGCCAUGACGGACUUGGGCUUGUCCCCGAACGAGAGGCCCGAUGCCACGGACGCGAGGACCAUGAGCAUGAGGACUCGCUUGCGUCCGAGCCGAUCCCCGAGCCACCCGAAGAACAGCUGGCCGGCGAGGGUCCCACAGAAGGCGACCCCAUUGACUGCUGACUGGACGUUUGGGGGAAAGACGGCCGAGGAGCUUAGUGACGAGAGAGAUGCAGAAGAGGUCGUAGGCAUCGGUGAAGAAGCCCAUGCCGGCUAUGACGAUGGCCGUGAAGUGGUACCAUUGGGUCUUGGCCACGUCGAGCGCGUUAAGGACUUGGAGUUGUUCCUUGCCCAUGAUAUUGAUAUAUUACGCCUCACACUACAAUCGAUUUGGCUGAAAAUGUUGAGAGAAAACUUGGUUAUAAGGAGUUGUGCAUUGGACUUAAUUGUGUGUGAAUGA